CUAUAGUUUAGUUUCAGACAUGUGGCAGUCUUUCUUUUGUUGUCGGUGUCUGUAACAGCUAUGUCCGCAAGCGUGGAGAACGGUAUUAAUGAAAUGAAUAUUGGAGAUCAAGAAAAGGUUUCACAAUCAAAAACCUCCAAAAUCACUGGAGAAUUAAAACCAUGGCCAUCAUAUAUCCAAGAGCGUCUUGAGAUGUGGAAAAAGCUGUAUGCUGACUAUAACGCUAAGCUAGCUGCAAAAACACCUGAUCCUAUCAAGAUAACCUUGCCAGAUGGAAAAGUAGUUGAAGGUGAAUCAUGGAGAACAACUCCAUAUCAAAUAGCUCAAGGCAUAAGUCAAGGACUUGCUGAUAGUGUUGUUAUUGCAAAAGUUAAUGGAGAGUUAUGGGACUUAGAUCGACCCCUUGAAUCAGAUUGCAAGUUAGAACUGAAAAAAUUUGAUAGUGAAGAAGGUAAGCAAGUUUUUUGGCAUUCAAGUGCUCAUAUGUUAGGAGAAGCCAUGGAGCGUGUAUAUGGAGGUUGUUUGUGCUACGGUCCACCCAUAGAAAAUGGAUUCUACUAUGAUAUGUUUCUAGAAAACAAUUCUGUAUCUAAAAAUGAGUUUCCUAUAUUGGAAAGUGUUUGUAAAAGUAUUAUGAAAGAAAAGCAGACAUUUGAAAGAUUGGAAGUAUCUAAAGAAGUUUUAUUAGAAAUGUUUAAGUAUAAUCAAUUUAAGCAACGCAUUUUAAAUGAGAAGGUUAAAACACCAACAACUACCAUUUACAGAUGUGGUCCUUUAAUAGAUUUGUGCAGAGGUCCACAUGUGAGACACACUGGAAAAAUAAAGGCACUGCAGAUAUUGAAAAAUUCAUCUACGUAUUGGGAAGGGAAAGCAGAAGCUGAAUCUCUUCAAAGGAUAUAUGGAAUUUCAUUUCCAGAUAAUAAACAAUUAAAAGAAUGGCAGAAGUUUCAAGAAGAGGCAGCAAAAAGGGACCAUAGAAAAAUUGGAAGGGAUCAAGAGCUCUUUUUCUUCCAUGAACUUAGUCCUGGUAGCUGUUUCUUUCAACCCAAAGGAGCACACAUUUAUAAUGAACUUAUUGCUUUCAUUAGGGAAGAGUACAGGAAAAGAGGCUUUCAAGAAGUUGUAUCGCCAAAUGUAUAUAAUAGCAAAUUGUGGGAGACAUCUGGACAUUGGCAACAUUAUUCAGAAAAUAUGUUUUCUUUUGAAGUAGAGAAACAAACUUUUGCAUUAAAGCCCAUGAAUUGUCCUGGCCACUGUCUGAUUUUUGAUCAUCGACCACGCUCCUGGAGAGAGCUUCCAUUGCGAAUGGCCGAUUUUGGUGUCUUACACCGAAAUGAGAUAUCUGGAGCUCUUACCGGUCUUACAAGAGUCAGAAGAUUUCAACAAGAUGAUGCACAUAUAUUUUGCUCUUCAGAACAGAUUUCUAGUGAAAUCAAAGGUGCUUUGGAGUUUCUGCAGCAUGUGUAUGGAGUCUUUGGCUUUACUUUUGAUCUUAAACUGUCAACAAGACCUGAUAAUUUCCUUGGGGAUAUUGAAGUGUGGAAUGAUGCAGAAAAGCAAUUAUCUGAAAGUUUAGAUGCAUUUGGCCAACCUUGGACAUUAAAUCCUGGUGAUGGAGCAUUCUAUGGACCUAAAAUUGAUAUUACUAUUAUGGAUGCCUUGAGAAGAGCGCAUCAGUGUGCAACUGUACAGUUAGAUUUUCAGCUUCCAAUUCGUUUCAACUUAACUUAUGACAGUGAUUCUGGUGAGAAGAAGAGACCUGUGAUAAUUCAUCGUGCUAUUUUAGGCUCAGUGGAAAGAAUGAUUGCAAUCUUAUCUGAAAGUUAUGGUGGAAAGUGGCCUUUCUGGUUAUCACCUCGUCAAUCUAUUGUUGUUCCAGUAGGACCAAUGUUUCAAGAUUAUGCUCAAAAGGUAUGCCGUGAAAUUAGUGAUGCUGGUUUUAUAUGUGAAAUGGAUGUUGAUCAAGGAGACACUAUGAAUAAAAAGAUACGUAAUGCGCAAGUUGCUCAGUACAAUUUCAUUUUUGUGGUUGGAGAAAGAGAAAAAUCCUCAAAUACUGUUAAUGUCCGGACAAGAGACAAUGUAGUACAUGGUGAAUUCAGUAUUUCUGAUGUUAUUGCGAGAUUUGAAGUUUUGAAGAAACAACGCAUUCCAGAUUCUGAGAACUCUUUUUAAAUUGAAAGUCUGCUUCAAUUUUUCAUUCUCACCGAUCAGAAUACUGUUCACUUUUAUUUAUGCUGUAAACAAAGUGAAAUAAAAAAAAAAAAAAAAAAAAAAGAAUUAUAACUGCUGGAA